AUUGAUGCACAGUAGUAUGGCAACUUCCGUUUCAUCAAGUGUUUUCAAAGAACAGGUGAGCGUUUCGUAGAGUGCGUCGCGGCACUUUGGAUAGAUCGACUGUGAAGAAGUUCGGUACGAAAAGUUCCGGUGUGUGGUCCAGUGUGUGACUGUGUGUGUGAGAGUGUGUCGUCGAACGCCAAUUUGAAAAUUUAAAAGAUUAAUAGUGAAAUAGCUAACUGUUCUUAGGAAUCUCAUUUUUUUCCCAAUUUUGUUGCGAACUUGUGUGCAAGGACAAUCGAGGUAAAGCUUCCUGCUGGGAAUGUUGAUGGACUCGCUUCUCGUUCGAGCAUCUUGCGAAGAGUUUGAAUUGGUGAUAGCUGCAUUAGCUGUAGAAAUACAAGAAAACAGUUACGUAGUUGACGAAGAAUCAGAAAAAAUAAAUAUUUCACAAGAAGGUUCUGGAUAUUUAAAGCGUGCAAAUACUGAACGCCUCCAUGAAAUAUUUAAUCAGUACGCUUCACAAGAGAAAAAUGGCGAAAGGUUUAUGACCUCGUCUGACUUUGUCCGAACUUACCUUGGACUCUACACCAACCCUGAUUACAAUCCUGACUCCGUCAAUUUGCUGGCUGGUAUCGUCGAUACCAGUAAAGAUGGACUCAUAUCAUUUGCCGAGUUUCAAGCGUUCGAAGGACUGCUCUGUGUACCAGACGCUUUGUAUAAGACAGCUUUCCAGCUGUUCGAUACUAAUGGAAAUGGAAUGGUUGCAUUUGAUGAGUUCGCUGAGGUGAUGCGGAAAACGGAACUCCAUCGGCGGAUGCCCUUCAAUAUGGAUAGCAGUUUCAUAAAACUUUAUUUUGGAAAGGAUAAGCAGCGACUGAUAAGCUAUGCGGAGUUCAGUCAGUUUUUGCACGAUUUCCACGAAGAAUACGCGACAGAAGCGUUCAAGAAAUUCGACAAGGAUGGCCAAGGUUUCAUUUCGGCAUUAGAUUUUCAAGAUAUCAUGCUCAGCAUUAAGAGUCAUUUAUUAACCAAGGAUGUAAGAGACAAUUUGGUCGCUGCAGCUAGCACCGGACAAGGUGGACGUAGCAAAGUCAGCUUUCCAUAUUUUAUGGCGUUCAAUUCCCUCUUGAAUAAUAUGGAGCUCAUUAAACGUAUUUAUCUUAACGCGACGAAUGGCCACAGAUUCGAAGAAGUUACCAAAGAGAGGUUCCUUCAUUCCGCACAAAUGAUGUCGCAGAUUACGCCAUUGGAGGUAGAUAUUCUGUUCCAGUUAUGCGACCUGCUACAUCAAACUGGAUCUACGGAAGAUGACGAGGCAGAUUCGCGGCUUGGGAAAAUAGUGUACAGCGAUCUUGUGGCUCUUACUCCUGAGCAAUAUUUCAAGCAAAUCACGAAACGCUUAGCAGAGAUCAAAGCGGUAUCGAGUCCUGAUGAGCGUGGAGUGAUCGUACAGAUACUCGAGAGCGGUUAUCGGUUCGUUCUAGGGUCCAUAGGUGGAGCUGUUGGCGCUACAGCCGUAUAUCCCAUUGAUUUGGUGAAAACAAGAAUGCAGAAUCAGAGGACUGGAUCGUUGGUUGGGGAGCUAAUGUACAGAAACAGCUUUGACUGCUUCCAAAAGGUGAUCCGGCACGAAGGUUUUUUUGGCCUUUACCGAGGUUUGUUACCUCAACUGAUGGGUGUAGCACCAGAAAAGGCCAUUAAGCUGACCGUUAACGAUUUUGUCAGAGAUAAGUUCAUGGAUAAAAAAGGAAAUUUGCCCCUUUACGGAGAAAUUAUAUCUGGUGCUUGUGCGGGAGGUUCUCAAGUAAUAUUUACGAAUCCCUUGGAAAUUGUGAAAAUUCGAUUGCAAGUGGCUGGAGAAAUAGCAGGCGGGUCUAAAGUUAGAGCUUGGACUGUCGUAAAAGACUUAGGCUUGUUUGGCUUGUACAAAGGUGCUAGAGCAUGUUUCUUAAGGGAUAUUCCUUUCAGUGCAAUUUACUUUCCAGUGUAUGCUCAUACAAAGGCACGAUUAGCGGAUGAAGGAGGCUAUAAUAAUCCUCUGUCGUUAUUAGUAUCUGGUGCGAUUGCUGGUAUUCCUGCAGCAGCGCUGGUCACUCCUGCAGACGUAAUAAAGACUAGAUUACAAGUUAUAGCGAGACGAGGUCAAACGACAUAUACUGGAUUACUAGACUGUGCAAAGAAAAUUUACAAGGAAGAAGGUGCAAGAGCAUUUUGGAAAGGAGCCACAGGACUUGGCACCUUAAUUCUAACCCGAGUAUUCAGAUCAUCACCUCAAUUCGGCGUCACCCUUUUCACUUACGAACUUCUGCAAAGGCUGUUCGUAGUUGAUUUUGGUGGAACACGACCUACGGGAUCAGAGCAAAAGGUGCCUGCGAUAGGAGUUGCAGAAGAGAUUCGAUCGACUAACCCGGACCAUAUAGGAGGCUAUCAGAUUGCUUUACCGAUCUUUACUGGCAUCGAAACAAAAUUCGGUCUUUGUCUACCCAGGUUCCAAGCAGUAGAAAAAAUCAGAAAGUAACGUCAUCGUUUCAGCUUCAAUUAGAUAAUGAAGCUUAUAGCGACCUACUCAUCAUUACAGAAUUUCGUAUUAAAUCGCAGAAAAUUCAGACUAUUUGAGAAAACUGAGUGAAACGAGCUCCACAGAAUCAUAAACCGAAUAAAAUGAUAAUCCGUCGAUUGAUCGAUAUGAUAAACUGAAUCUGGAUAAAGAGAAACAUCAUAUAAGACAUAGAAUCCUUAAGAAUAAUGACAGUGUUGCAGGAUGUUAAACAUGACACGAAAGAAAGAAAAACUUGGAAAAAGAACUUGGAAAGAUAUUCCUUCAAAAUGACAUAUUACAUAUACGAGAGUAAAAGUAAAGUGUUAGAUAGAAAUAUGGUGAAAAUUGCAUAUUCUAUCCGAGAUUAUUACGUAGAUUAUUACGUCUAGUUUGUUUAACGAAAUUGACGAUAAAAAAAGGAUAGCGUCAACACGCACAACCUUCUUCGUGAUAAUCGGUUCACCGAAAUCGAGAUAGCAAUUGUGAGGAAAUCACACACAGGGUUUAGACAAGUUAAAUACAGACGGUUUAGCCUAAAGACAUUAUUGAAACGAGUGCAGCCUUUUUACGCUUAUGUUAUGCAAGUGUGGAGCUCGAAUGGAUUGGCGAUGCGAAGAAGCAGAUGAAGUUUAUCUUCUUUGUACAUUUUCUUUUCUAUAAUCUUGUAUUUUUCACAUUUCACCCAUUGCACCCGAUUAAAAACAGCGAACGAAAAUACAAACUGUACGUGGAAGUAACGCUUAUCUCUUUUAUUAUUACUUUGCGUUCGUAGGAUUUUCUAUGAAAAACGAAGAAAAUUGAUAACUUAUCGAAGAAAUAUAAACGAAGAAAAUGGUGCGAAGGGUGAAAUUACAUUAAAAUAUUUAAUCCCAUCUCGUUUGAAGAGAGAAAGAGAAAGAAAAAGAAAAAGAGAGAACCGGUUCGUGCUUCAAACUUUGCUUUAUGCCGCUGUGGUCACCAUAUUACUUUUUCUACUUUUUAUAUAUGGAUCGAAGAUAUACUCGUUCGUAUAUGUAUUUGUAUCGAAGAGUUCACACUAUUUUUGUAGUGUUCUACUCAAUCAGGGCGGAAAUACAGGUUUCAUAAGAGGAUUUCUGUUUUCCUAAGAAUGUUGACAGGUUUCAAAAUUGUCUUACCGCUUCUCUCAACCCUUUAGAAUCGCUUUUUGAGCUUUUUAUGAAGCCCCGGGAGGGCUGUACAACUUAUUGAUCUCUAAUUUACUGAUCGACGGCUGUAGAGUUCGCUAUGUUCGCUACUAUUUUCUACUCUUCUUCUAGUCGCAACUGCCAUUCGUUUUCUUAUUUCUUUUUCGAUCUAACAAUGGUAUAUUAAUUUCGUUUGAUCGAUAAUUAUUAUCUCUAUGAUAUGUGACUUUUAAUAACGUGUAGAAUUUUGUUCAUUCUAUCGCACAGCGAGAUCAGAGGCUAUGCCACAUUAUACAUUUAUUUCUUAUUUUUUAUCGAAAAUUAGUGGAAAAUAUUCAAACAUUCUGUAUCACAUGAGAUUCUAAAAUUAUCAGGAAUUACGUUAUAUUUUGUCCUGUCUCAGACAAUACUCUGACUAGAGUUAAGAGUCUUGUAUGAUACUAGAGAAUGUUUUAGAACAUGUUUUUCUCGUAAACAUUUUCGUCCGCUUAUUAAAGUAACUCGGUGUGGCCUCCACGCGUUAUCUAUGAAAGAUAAUCGAGUUCUAUUUAUAAGUAAAGAUUUAGUCGAGAGUUCGAGGAAUGUUUUAAAAUGAUAAAAAGGAGGACUGGAUCCUUCAUCCCUAGUUAAUGUUCACGAAUCUCGAGCUAUUUUAUAUCACACUCAUGGAUCGAGAAAACAUAGUGAAUCCUUAAGACGAUCGUUCAAAAUAUUCGAAGAGCAUAAUGGUCCAAUAUUUCUUAAGAAAGGAGAACGAAGAAAAGUUUUUUUUUCAUAUAUCAAGAUAUACUCGAGUGUAUAAAAAUUUCUUGAUCCUGGUUUGUCGGUGGUAUCUUCGAUAAUUUUGAACGAUUGAAUCGACCAAUAUCGUAUUGGUUUCUCGUCGAGAGGUCUAAAAGGCCGUGAAACGCUCCCUCCCGCAGUUCGAUAAUAUAUUAUUAACAAUAUACGUCGGCUCGUACUUGCUGUAGAGAAAAUUAGAUCGCUUGGGACAAGUUUUCGAUACUUUCGAUCGAACAUUUCGAAGUGUGCAGGCACAGAUUCGCGAAAGUAAUAAUUGUACCAAGCUUUAAGAUCAGCAUUAAUAUUUUUAAAAUACUUUUCAAAAGAUAAUUUUCUAUCAUUUUGCUCAGAGAACAAAUACUUUAAAAUGCUUUAGAUUUUAUAAAUUUGCCAUUCGUUGCUUAUUAAGAUCAAGUUAUGAUCAGCAUUCAUGUAAGCAACAUUGUAGAAUUAAUUAAAGUUCAUUGUUGUUAUCGAUUGUCAGCGAAAUGCGAUUCACCAGCAUUUUUCACUACCAGCUAUUGCGUACUUCUUUUUGUGUGCAUGUUGUUGGUCAAGAUCUCAGGUUAUUGCCUACAAAAUUAAAAAAAAAAUUUGUCAACAGAUCUUGAUACAGUAUCUUUGUACACCAUAAUUUUUAAAAAUUCUACAAAAUUAUUUGUAGAUAAAAGCAAAUAUUUUUGUGAAGCAUAUUUACUUUUCCAUCACAACUUUACAGCAGAUUAGGACCUAUGUCUUCCUCCAAAGUAAUUCCAUGUAGUUUUGGAAUUUAAAAUUAAUCUAAAUUUAUUUAAUAAAAUUUAAUCACACGUGUACUUACAUCUAACACUUAUAUCUAAUGUAGCAUUAACCAAGCUUGAUUCAAGAACUUAGAUAUCUCUUAUUAAAAAGAAUUUCAUUCGUCAUAUUUUGAAUAAUAUCCUAAAAAAUAAAAAAGUAAAAAGUAGUCAUAAUUAUUAAAAGCAUCAAAGUAUUAUCUCAUGAGCUGAUAAAUUGUCAAUAUUUGGUUCAAAUAGUUAAUGUAUUUUAAUAAUAAGAAAGCAACAAAAAAUCAUGGAACGAAGGGAGAAGGGACACGCGCUGUCUUUUAGAUUAAAGAAACGUAUUUUUUUUGCCCGUUGUGAUUAAUGAAAUCACGUACAAAUAUAAUACUGAAGAUCAUGUAUAUA